AGAAAGCAUCCUAUAAAUCGAUAGAUUUUUCCGAUUUUUUCAAAUAUUUUAUCUGUUAACUUCUGAUAUAAUGGUCGCGUCUUCUGACCUCCUUAUAAACGUUGAGGUUUUGUCCUCGCUUCAGUUAUGCAACGUUGACAUAAUGUGGCCCGAAGAAGUGACCGACUCAGAUGUACAGGUCAGCACUACAAAAUCUCAAGUAUUGCUGAGUCUCCAGAAUGGAACAAUAGUGGCCCUUAAUUGCCCUAAAAGCGUGCAGUUGAAAAGUGGUGCUCAGAUGUGCACCGUUGUAAACAAUCGCAGACUGAACAUCAGGGUUGCUCUAGAUACUAAAGCUUGUCUCCUGCAAUCAAUCUGCAGUGACUUAGCCAGCGACAUAAGAUCGCUAAGCUUGAGGACUCCGUACGACGUGUUAGAAAAAUGUGAAGUUAUCGCCUCGUGUUGUUCUUGUUCCACGCCGGUCACGCAAACUCUGAAAUUUGACCGUAUCAGGCAGAUGCCUGCGUCAGAUUGGGCCCAUGCUUCAGAGGAAUGGUUUUGCUGUGCGCACGGAACUGAAAACGAGGCUCUCAAAUCAGAGUCCGUUGCUCCGCGUCAAAACGAUUGUUUCUUCUCUGAUCUUUUCUUCUUAGUGAAGCAACAGGUUCUCAGUGGUCAUGUUCGUUACGACUGUGAAGAUAAUGCAGUCUGUGGCGGAUGUGAAAAUGUAUUAGGUGUAAAAGUGGCCUCAGAUGUUAAACUUUGGACACAUCGCGUCCGCUGGGUGAAGGCAUCAGAUCCAACUUCCGUUGUCUACUAUCAAUGCGAACAAGAUCUCAUGGUGACUUUGAUCGAUCACUUGUCAGCAGAUUCAUUUGGUGCUAACUCGCGCAUUGCGUUUGUGAAGAAUAGCAAGCCUAAAACCUACCUGUAUUUAGGCGUGAUUGACACCAAUUUGACGUUACUCACGUCAGCUAAUGACAAGAAGCUCUUGCUCAACAGUACACCUGAACAAAGCGCAGGUGACUGCAUCAGUCAAGGCAAACGAGGAAGGAGCGAUGAUGGCACAAAGAGGUCCAGGUCAUGUACACUGAGAGACAAGGACGUUCAGGUUCACCUAACAAAACAGAACGUAAUCAAAGUCUCUUACAAAAUUGUGACAGGUGAGUGUGAUGAAACCGAGCGAUGGGGAGACGAUGUUAACGUUCACAUCCUCAACUGCGCCGAGUCUUUCUUUGACGCCGCGCUGGAAGGCAUCACAGAGUCUGGCGUCGGUCCGCAACCUGCUAUUGCAUCCGGGGAGCUCUUCGGUUAUAUCAAAAGAUGAAAUUAAAACCGAAUAAAACUAUAAUUAUU